GAAUGGGCAGGGUGACUUGAUGCAUUCGCCAUUCUCCCGCGAGCACCUCAGCCUUGAGAAGAUGGACCCGGUCACGAUCUACUCUGUCGGCCAUGGUGACAUGCUGGAGAAGGAUUUCUGGGAAAUGCUGCAAUGCCACUCUGUGAGGGUCCUCUACGACAUCCGGCCAACCGACCACAGGGGGGAGCUCUUUUCUCGCCAUCAGCGCUUCUCCGUUUCAGCUCUCCGCAUGCAGUGCCGCUCCCGUGGCAUCUUCUUCAAGUCCAUGCCGGUGGGGCGGGAAGCUGCCUACGGGACGCUGGCCCACAUCAGGAGCGACGAGGGCCGGCACACCUUGGUUGAGCUGGCCUGGCAGGCGAAGAGGUCCAAGUCGUCCAAGGAACCUUUGCACAGCACUCCGCAACUGAUUAGGAUUCAGUAUCCGGACUGGCUGGUGCGUGAAGAGGAGCGCCUGAAGCUGUUGGAGAAGAAACGUGAGGCCGGCGCGGGCAACCACGUCCAGAAGUCCCGAAUACAACGGAGCUCAGAGGCAGUUGCAGCACGACUCGCCCGCCCGGUCGAAGAGAUGGAUGCCAUGGCCGAGCUCCGGAAUGCGGCCAAUCAGCGGGAGUUGGUCGUGGCUCAGCGAAAGCUUGCUCGCUACCAGCGCUUGUCGGACGAGAAGGGACUCCUUGCAAACAAGGCGCUGAAGAACGUGCCCGAGUGGAUUCGAGAGGAGACAUGUGACAUGUUUGUUUUGGCUGAAAAGUGCUGA